AUGUCCGCCAACCACCCCGAAGAAGACAUCGACGACCUCCUCGACGCCGAGGAUGCGGCAGAGGAAAUCGAAAAUGACGAACAGGAUAUCGCCAUGGACUCUGACGCCGAAGAGGAAGAACUCAUCCUGCAAAACGACUCAAUCGCUUACUUCGACCUGCCGCAAGACUCGCUCUUCGCCAUCGCCCAGCACCCAGUUCAUCCGUCCCUAAUCGCAGUCGGCGGCUCAGCAGCACCGGAAGACGAUGCCCCCGGCGCGGGAUGGCUCUUCGACACAUCAGCCGCCGAAUCGCGACCCGUCCUGCCAGCCAGCUAUGCCAGCGAUCCUGCUGCCGAACCCCCCAAGAGCACCCAGCUUGACAGUUUGUACUCGCUCGACGGGCACACCGACUCCAUCAACACGCUGGCUUGGACGCUCCCCCGAGGCGACUUCCUCGUCAGCGGCGGACUAGACGGCCGCAUGAGAGUGUGGAAGGCGGAUGUCCGCCCUGGCAGCGGCGUGGCCAUGAAGCAUGUAGGAGAAGCACAGGAAGUAGAGGAGAUCAACUGGAUUUCAGCGUGUCCAUCGCCCAACCACGAAAACACCAUUGCGCUAGGCGCCUCCGACGGCUCAGUAUGGGUAUACACCAUUGACGCAUCCGACGCCUCCAACCCCCUGCAAAUAGUCCAGAGCUACUUCCUGCACACGGCGGCCUGUACAGCCGGCGCCUGGACACCAGACGGACAGCUCCUGGCCACCGUAUCAGAAGACUCGUCCCUCUACGUCUGGGACGUCUGGGGCGACGCCGCCGCGCGCAACAUCACCGCCGACAACGGCAUGUCAGUCGUGUCCCUGACAGGCGAGGACCAGCGCUUCGAAGUCGAAGGCGGCCUCUACUCCAUCGCCAUCGACCCCAAGGGCGCAUUCGCAGCCGUAGGCGGAGCAGGCGGCGCCGUCAAAAUCGUCUCCCUCCCGCGUCUAUCGACCCAGUCCAGCAACGUGCGCGGCAAAUCCUCCUCGGACGCCACUGCCGGCGGCCAAAUUCUCGCCUCUCUCCACACCCAGGGCGACAGCGUGGAAUCGCUGGCUGUCUCCCUCACGGCCUCCACCCCACCUACCACUUUGCUGGCGGCCGGCUCCGUCGACGGAUCUAUAUGCGUCUACGACGCGACGCGGCGCUUCGCUGUGCGACGCCACAUUUCUGGCGCCCAUGAGGAACAUUCAGUUGUGAAGCUGGAAUUCGUCAAGAAUACCUGGCUUUUGACGAGUUGUGGUAUGGACGGCGUGGUCCGCAGGUGGGAUUUGCGGAGUGGUGGUGCCACGGGGACGAAUGCGGCGGGGGCCGCGGAUAGGGGACUUGUUAAAGAGUGGAAAGGGCAUAGAGGCGAUGGCGAGGGCGGUGGUGUUUUGGGAUUCGUGCAGGGUGAAAUGGGUGAGAGGGUUGUUACUGCGGGUGAUGAUGGCAUUGCUUUGGUAUUUGAGGUUUGA